AAAUUGAUGGACUUUGUCUUUUUUCAACCCGAUUUAACUAUGUAAUUAUGUAACCUUAACAGCAGCCAAUUGGAAAUACCGGUGAUGCACCAAGAGCAUAUCACAAGGCUGUUUGCUCUGACACACGAACCCAGAAGUGGCAGCAGUGGGGGACCAGUGGUGGUGGUGGUAUUGUGGAAGUGGCGGCAGGCGGAAAGGGUCCCCCCUGCGGGGGCCUUAGUUAAGCCACUGUGUACAGAUACCUAUGUAUAUAUAAAGCAUAGGGACAACUCUGUUGACAUAUACUAUCAUAGAUGUACUUUACUUAGCAGCAGAGUAAGCCCCUUGCAUAAGGAAAAUGUCUCGCCUACUACUAAAUAAAGCACAAAAAAGCCAAGGACCACCCAUAUGACACUUUUUCGCCAUUUUAAGUGGGACUUUGAAAUUAUUCAGGAAAAAGUUUUUGCAUGGUUUGUAUAAAAGUGGACAGUCACAUAUGGUGUUUGGAUGACUAGAAUGUCUGAGGAGAUUUUUAGUGCCAGGCUAGAGAGGAACCUGGAAUAAUAUGGGGAAAUAGAAGAGGUGUGAGUAAUAGGGGUUGGGGUGGGGAAGGGUUAGCCUAGAUCAGGGAUCCCCAAUCAGUGGCUUGUGAGUCAAAAUAAAAUACUUGCUCUGUAACCACUAACAACCUAUUACUAUAAUGUUAGCAUUCUACUUUGAGGAAAAGGGACUUAAGAUCACCUUAAAAUCUACGUCAUUAAAAUAUUGUAACUGCUGAUAAAAGAAUCCAAUUAAAGAAUCCUGUACUACCAUACCCCCCCCAGCUUCCAAAUGCACCAUUUCAACUGGCUCCUUAAUUUUCUUGCAUUUUUUUGAAGGCAGGGGGUGCAUAGAACAAACAAUUAGUCAAAGGCAGGACUAAAAUGCCCAGCACUGUGGCUCCGAUUUCUCUCUCUUCAUUUGUCCUGAGGGCAAGGGACUGCAGAUCUGCUGCUGUUUUUGCGCCUCCUAUUGUGCCAUUCCAUGGAAACCCAUUAAAUAAGAGCAAAAAAAUACAAUUUUCAAAAAUGUUUUUAGCAAGAUCAAGGAUUGAAUGAUUAAGGUGAUCACAUAUUAGACUCAUGCUAUUGUUACAGGUAGGGGGACAAGUCAGGACUAAGCUAGGUCAUCUCAUUCACAAUAAGCCCUUACACAGCUCUGGGGCAUCUAGCACUCCCAAUCUCUAAAACUGAUACUAGAAAACCUCCACUUUAAAAUGCUUUUUUGUAAUGAAACACAAUAUUUACAGGGGCACAAAUAGCUUUGUUUCUUGGUCAUGCCUCUUUAAAUAAACAAUAACAUGGAAAUAAAAGGUAAAAGCGGAAGUAACAUGAUUCGGAAGAGGAGAGGAGAAUACUUAUGCAGUGUCGGUUUCUUGUCCAGACAUGGCAGAAAGAAAGAGGAAUGUGGAAGACAAGAAGAAACAUGAAACUGAGCCUGUUACUGGAUAUAGUGUAGAAGCAGUUAAAGAGUAAAAACAGAAUAUACAAUUCAGGCUUUGGCAAGUCACUGUGAUUUACAUUGUCUGCAGAUCCCAAUUCUUGUCUCAACAUGGCAUGUGCCUGGGACUUUCAGUUCCGAGUACUUCUGUUGGGAGACUCAGGAGUGGGUAAGACUUCUCUACUACAUCGUUACACAGAUGGACAAUUCACAGACACAACAACAGAGACAGUAGGAGUUGAUUUCUGCUGCCGGGAAGAAGAGCCAGAGCCUGGUGUAAAAGUCAGACUACAGUUCUGGGACACUGCAGGGCAAGAGCGAUAUAGAGCUGUGACACGUUCUUACUACAGAAAUGCUGCUGGGGUUCUUCUUCUCUUUGAUCUCAGCACACGGCAAUCUUUUGAUAAUGUUACUGAAUGGCACAAGGAGGUAACGGAGAGGACCCAAGCCAAACCAAUGGUCUUCAUGCUGCUUGGAGCAAAGAAUGACCUAAAGCAGAAGCGAACAGUAAGCCAGGAGGAGGCACAGAGACUAGCAGAAAAUCUGGGGGCUCCUUACUUAGAGACCUCUGCCCGAACAGGCAGUAAUGUGUCUGCUGCACUUUCGCUUUUGUGCAGAGAACUGCUCAGGGCUGCUCGCUCACAGACCCAGGCAUCAGCGGAUGACUGUGGUGGGGCCUAUUGUACAAAUGAAGAAAUGCAGACAAAGCAAGAAGCAAAGUGCACAUGUUGAGAAAUACAAGAGGUUGAUUGUGCCUUGAAAUGACAGUUUUACUGUUCUAUUACAAUCCUAAUCUCACUGCAGGAGAGCUCUCUCAGGCCAUAUGACAUCAACACUACUUUUACUUGGACUGAGUCCAUGGAUGAACAAACAGACUCACUAACAACAGUAAUUAUGUCAGCCAUGUUUAAUUACACAAACAAUCCUAUGUAUAUACAAAAGGUAGUCAGGGGAUCAUUUAACCCUUUCUCAGUGAGAGGGUUGCAAAAUUUCUCUCCCCUAAAAGUAGGCUCUUCUCUGAAGAGGUUGCCUCUGCACUCAUCUGUGGCAGCUUGAAGGUGUCAAGAUCAGAAUGCAAAGGGAUUGCAGAAGUCCAAAGUCACAAAUGGAUUUUAUUUCUUUUGAGUUUUCUUAAUUAAAGCCAUUCUCUGUAGGAAGAACACAAAGAAGCAGAGGGGAUGGUAAGUGGACAGGUAAAAUAUAAAAAUGGGCAGAGCAAUUUGAAUUUAACUGAAGUUGAGCUUUUACAUUCCUUCAAUUACCAGUGCCUAAACAAAACUGACAGUAAUAGCCACCUCUGACCUACCAGAAUUGAUGGAAAUGGAUUUUCGCGCACUCGUUAUCAGCCCAUGUUUCACUCCAAAUGUAUCCAAGAUUCUAUCUAUCUCUUUUAUUUUCUUUUAAACCAUUACCCCACCAAAGGCCCAAAGCAAUAUGGAUACAUAAUCCUCUACACCUAUUAGUGAUUCAGUUUAGACCCUAAUAACCCCAACGCUGUACUGCAAUUGUCUAACUAUACACUAAACCUUUCAGAUAUUAUUUGGAAUGGAUAAUAGUCACAAAGGAUACAACAACAACAAAAAAGACAAUAUUUUAAUACCUGUUUGUGUGCUUCAGUAGUACAAGCUUUUUUAUAGGGCCGGAUUUCUUCUGAACCAAACCCUGGAAUCCACAUGUUCCACUGUCUCUCUAUGUAAACAAGAAGACAAAUUUAACAUCUGACUUGUAUGUAUGAAUACGCUUAGUUUCAUGUUUGAUGUCAUAUUCUUUACAACAAUCAAGGUGGAGGGCUUUUUGGUUUUAAAUCUCAAUAUUUUAUAUAUUUUAUAUAAGGGAGGAGGGUGAAAAAACAUAAGGAAUGAGAAAACAAUUAAAUAAAUAUUUGGAAUGUAAUGUCUAUAAGUACUGUAUUUCAUAGUUUCCACCAGGAGGUGGCACAUAUUUAUUUGAUUUAAAAAGCCAUUAUAAUUGUUAUUAUUAGAGGAACAGUAUAACCCCUGGGGGUUGUGCUGAACAUACUUUUUGACAAUUGUUUCAAUAAUGAAAAAUAUAUGUUUAUUAUUUCUUGA